AUGCCAGAACACGAGAGCCUGGUAGGCUCCUAUGUCCACCUGGCAAUGGAGCAGCGAGCCAGUGACGCUCUACAUACUCUGAAAAAGGUCGCUUCGCAAGUGAAGCCAAUCAUGAGGGCUCGCGGAUGGAAGGUCGGCCAGUUGGCAGAGUUUUAUCCCAACCAAACCAAUUUGCUAGGUUUAAAUGUAAAUAGAGGAUCCAAGAUAUGCCUUCGAUUACGGUACCCGGGAGACAAGAACCAGUUUCUCCCGUUUGAGAAUGUGCUAGACACGAUGCUGCACGAGCUGGCGCAUAUUGUCCACGGACCGCACGACCAAAAGUUCCACGCACUCUGGGACAAGCUGCGCGACGAGUGCCAGGGCUUGAUGAUGAAGGGAUACACGGGCGAGGGAUUCCUGGGCAAGGGACGCCGGCUGGGGGGAGCGAGCAUGCCGGACCGGGAAGCACGUCGUCUCGCCCGCGAGGCAGCCGAGAAGCGACGCAUCCGCGCAUCACAGGGCCUUGGAUCCGGCCAAAGACUGGGCGGAACCGCGCCCCGACCCGGCCAGGACAUUCGGCAAAUCAUCGCAAGCGCUGCUGAAAGGCGAAACGCUGUUCUGCAGGGCUGUGGCAGCGGGCGGUACAACGAUAGAGAGAUUAUCGAGAUCGCAGACGCGGCCACCAGGAACGGCUUCAAAACACAGGCCGAGGAGGACGAGGCGAAUGAAGUCGCCAUCGCCCAGGCCCUCUGGGAACUUGUCCAGGAAGAGGAGAAAGCGAAACAUGGUCAAUCGUACAUACGCCCGUCGCCCGACCAUCCUGAGGGGACGGGCGCAGGCGGGCCGCUCACUCGGGAGGCGGUUGGCACACAGGGCCAGGCCUUGCGCUCUGUCACUGCCGCUGGAGCUUCAACCAUCCGAGACCCGAAGGACCGGGGUCAAGGGACAGCAGGUUCCGGAAACGGUCAGGGCCCGGAUUUUUGGGCCUGCGAAAUUUGCACGUUGCACAACCCGCUACAAUAUCUCUCCUGUGAGGCCUGCGGGUCGGAGCGGACCCAAGGCAAGAGGACGAGGUCACCAGAGCCCGUAAAUGGGCCUGCAAAAAAGAAGGUGGUUGCCACGCCGGCUGCAAGCACGAUAGACUUGACAAGAGAUAGUCCGCCGAAAAUGAGGACGCACCAGGAAGAUGGACCUAAAAAAGAGCAGACACGCGACCCGACGGCUUCACCUUCCUUGGCCGCAGAAGCACCUUGGGUGUGGAUAUGCAGCUUUUGUGGGACGGCUAUGGAACGACAAUGGUGGGCGUGCUCCCUAUGUGGCAAGAUGAAGGAAAGCUCCAAGUAG